AUGACCGAAAUCAUCAAGGACGGCUACCUAUCUGUCAAGGAAGAAGGUCUACGGGCUUGGAUUUGGUCCAAACGCUUUUGUGUUCUUCGAGACCAAGCAUUGACCUUCCAUCGAAACGAGCAAUCCGGGCAGUGUGUAGCGUUAAUCUUCCUGAAAGAGAUCAAUUCGGUGACACGGACAGAGCUCAAGCCUUAUUGUUUCGAGAUUGCCGUCAAGGACAAGACAUAUUACAUUGCAUGCAAGAACGAUGAUGAGCUUUAUUCAUGGAUGGAUGAGAUUUACAACAGAUCUCCGCUAGGCGUCUCAGGUCCGACAAACUUUGUCCAUCAGAUGCAUGUUGGCUUUGAUCCACAUACUGGUGCCUUUACGGGUAUGCCAGAUCAAUGGACUAAACUGCUCAAGGGAUCAGCCAUUACAGCAGAAGAUGCAGCCAAGAAUCCUCAAGCUGUGUUGGAUGUAUUGGAGUUUUACACUGAACAAACCAAGCGUGAAGCAGAAGAAUAUGGUUCCUCUCAUCUUCAAGGUGCCGUCGAGCGUAGAAGUGAUGAUCGAUGGGCUGCUUUAUUACAAGAAUCCAAAAAGUCUGCUGCCUCUGCUGCUGGUCGUGUUCCACCACCUCGUCCACCACCACCACCACCGAUGGCAGGAGGUUUACCUGAUGUGGAUGUGAAUGAGAUGAUGGAUGAGCUUAAUAUUCGCAACAACGAUCGAACCAAGCAACAUCAUCAAGCACCUCCAUCCAAGUUGGCACCUGUGUCUCGUGACGAUCGUGCUCCGCCAUCACCUGGUUUAUAUCCUCAUUCCCCGCGAGAUCCAUCAGUCUCACCACGUAUCAAGCCUACAAGCCCUCGACCAGAACCAUCCAAAUCUUAUGGCACUUCUCAACCAAGAAGAAAUCCUGAUGCUGAACGUGAGGAACGUGAACGUCGUGAACGUGAAAGACAACGACGAGAACGCGAAAAGGAGCGUGAACGACAAUUGCAACGAGAACGUGAGCGCGAGAAGGAACGUGAAAGAGAGCGUGAGCGUGAGCGUGAACGUGAGCGUGAGAUUCGUGAACGAGAACGUGAGAAAGCUGCACAACAAGUUUCUACACCCAAAAAGAAGGUUGAGCAACGUAUCAGCACAAUGAGCGAGGCACAAAUCAUGGAGAAGUUGCGUUCUGUCGUCAGCCGUGGUGAUCCCAAUUCUUCUUACAAAAAGCUCAAGCGUGUUGGUCAGGGUGCUUCUGGAUCUGUAUACGUUGCUUUAUCGCAUGCCACCAAUACCAAGGUCGCUAUCAAGCAAAUGGAUCUUGCCAACCAGCCUCGCAAGGAAUUGAUUGUCAAUGAAAUCCUUGUGAUGAAGGAAUCUCAACACCCCAACAUUGUCAACUUUUUGGAUUCGUAUCUUGUGGGCGUUAAGGAUCUGUGGGUGAUCAUGGAAUACAUGGAAGGUGGUGCCCUGACAGAUGUGAUCGACAACAACACGAUGACGGAGCAACAAAUCGCCACUGUGUGUUUGGAGACAUCAGCUGGUUUGCAUCAUCUUCAUUCGCAAAACAUCAUUCACAGAGAUAUCAAAUCGGACAACAUCCUCCUCAAUUUCCAAGGCAAAGUCAAGAUCAGUGAUUUCGGUUUCUGUGCCAAGUUGACUGAAUCAAAGAGCAAGCGUGCUACGAUGGUUGGUACACCCUAUUGGAUGGCACCUGAGGUCGUGAAACAAAAGGAGUAUGGAGCCAAGGUUGACAUUUGGUCACUGGGUAUCAUGGCGAUCGAAAUGAUUGAGAACGAACCUCCCUAUUUGGAUGAAGAACCUCUCAAGGCCUUGUAUCUCAUCGCUACCAAUGGCACUCCCACUCUAAAGAACCCUGAAAAGCUAUCACGCGAAUUGAAGAGCUUCCUUGCCGUAUGCUUGUGCGUGGAUGUACGAUCGAGAGCAACAGCUGCUGAGCUAUUGGAACACGACUUUUUGAAGAAGGCAGGGCCUUUGGAUAUCCUUGCACCAUUAAUGAAAUUCAAGACAAGCAAACGUUAG